GGUCUAUGGUGAUUGCACGGGGGCUGUGGGGGAGAGAGCGAGGGGCUGAGGAGGGGGCACUCCGCCGCCGCUGAGGAGGAGGAGGAGGAAGAAGCCAGGCUCCAUUUGCCGCUCCCUGCCCCGGCCAUGGAGAACGCGCACACAAAGACUGUGGAGGAAGUUUUGGCGUAUUUCGGGGUCAACGAAAGCACCGGGCUCAGCCUGGAGCAAGUGAAGAAGCUGAAGGAGAAAUGGGGUUCCAACGAGUUACCGGCUGAGGAAGGAAAAACCUUACUCGAGCUUGUGAUUGAACAGUUUGAAGACUUACUAGUUAGAAUUUUGUUGCUGGCAGCUUGCAUAUCUUUUGUGCUGGCCUGGUUUGAAGAAGGUGAAGAAACAAUCACAGCGUUUGUAGAGCCUUUUGUAAUCUUACUUAUCUUAGUAGCCAAUGCAAUUGUGGGAGUGUGGCAGGAAAGAAAUGCUGAAAAUGCUAUUGAAGCUCUUAAAGAAUAUGAACCAGAAAUGGGUAAAGUGUAUCGACAGGAUCGGAAGAGUGUUCAGAGAAUCAAAGCAAGGGACAUUGUCCCAGGUGAUAUCGUGGAAGUGGCAGUUGGAGACAAGGUUCCUGCUGAUAUAAGAAUCACUUCUAUCAAAUCUACUACUCUAAGGGUAGACCAGUCCAUUCUCACAGGUGAAUCUGUGUCUGUUAUUAAGCACACCGAUCCUGUACCCGAUCCUCGUGCUGUAAACCAAGACAAGAAGAACAUGCUCUUUUCUGGUACUAACAUUGCUGCUGGUAAAGCUAUGGGAGUGGUUAUUGCAACAGGAGUUAACACCGAAAUUGGCAAAAUUCGUGAUGAGAUGGUGGCUACUGAACAGGAGAGAACCCCCCUCCAACAAAAGCUGGAUGAGUUUGGAGAGCAGCUGUCUAAAGUCAUCUCACUUAUCUGCAUCGCUGUUUGGAUAAUAAACAUCGGUCACUUCAAUGACCCGGUUCAUGGUGGCUCCUGGAUUCGAGGUGCUAUCUAUUAUUUUAAGAUUGCUGUUGCUCUUGCUGUUGCUGCUAUCCCUGAGGGUCUGCCGGCUGUUAUUACCACCUGCUUGGCUCUUGGAACCCGCAGAAUGGCCAAGAAGAAUGCUAUUGUUAGAAGUCUUCCCUCCGUGGAAACCUUGGGUUGCACCUCGGUUAUUUGUUCUGACAAGACUGGUACUCUGACCACCAAUCAGAUGUCAGUCUGCAGGAUGUUUAUCCUGGACAAAGUAGAAGGAGAUAGCUGUACUCUGAAUGAAUUUACUGUAACUGGUUCGACAUACGCUCCCAUGGGAGAAGUGCAUAAAGAUGACAAACUUAUUAAAUGCAGUCAGUACGACGGCCUUGUGGAACUGGCAACGAUCUGUGCGCUCUGUAAUGAUUCCUCUUUGGAUUACAAUGAAGCGAAGGGAGUGUACGAAAAAGUUGGUGAAGCCACAGAAACGGCACUUACCUGUCUGGUUGAAAAGAUGAAUGUAUUUGACACAGACUUGAAAGGACUUUCUCGAAUUGAACGUGCAAAUGCUUGCAACUCGGUGAUAAAACAACUUAUGAAGAAAGAAUUCACUCUGGAAUUCUCAAGAGACAGAAAAUCAAUGUCUGUCUAUUGUACACCGAACAAACCAAGCCGCACGUCCAUGAGCAAGAUGUUUGUUAAGGGUGCUCCUGAAGGUGUGAUUGAUAGAUGUACGCAUGUCCGAGCUGGAAAUGCUAAAAUUCCGUUAUCCUCGGGAAUUAAGCAGAAAAUAAUGUCUGUUAUUAGAGAGUGGGGAACGGGUAGAGACACGUUGCGCUGCUUGGCUCUGGCAACCCAUGACAAUCCACCCAGGAAAGAAGAAAUGAAUCUUGAGGACUCCUCAAACUUCAUUAACUAUGAGACCAACCUGACCUUUGUGGGCUGCGUGGGAAUGCUGGAUCCCCCAAGAAUUGAAGUGGCUUCUUCUAUAAAGCUGUGUAAACAAGCUGGUAUUAGAGUGAUCAUGAUUACUGGCGAUAAUAAAGGCACAGCGGUGGCCAUUUGCCGACGCAUUGGUAUCUUUGUGGAAGAUGAAGAUGUUUCUACCAAAGCUUUCACUGGCCGUGAGUUUGACGAGCUCUCGCUGGCUGCCCAAAGAGAUGCUUGCCACCACGCCCGCUGCUUUGCCCGGGUGGAGCCUUCUCACAAAUCCAAAAUUGUGGAGUUCCUUCAGUCUUUUGACGAGAUUACAGCUAUGACUGGUGAUGGUGUCAAUGAUGCCCCUGCAUUGAAGAAAGCAGAAAUUGGAAUUGCUAUGGGCUCUGGUACGGCGGUGGCUAAAACUGCUUCAGAAAUGGUUUUAGCAGAUGAUAAUUUUUCAACCAUUGUAGCUGCUGUGGAAGAAGGACGUGCAAUUUACAACAACAUGAAGCAGUUCAUCCGUUACUUGAUCUCUUCCAAUGUUGGAGAAGUUGUUUGUAUCUUCUUGACUGCUGCCCUGGGUUUUCCUGAAGCUCUGAUUCCUGUCCAGCUGCUGUGGGUAAACCUGGUGACGGACGGUCUCCCUGCUACUGCUCUGGGCUUCAAUCCUCCUGAUCUCGAUAUCAUGAACAAGCCACCCCGCAACCCUAAGGAGCCGCUGAUCAGCGGGUGGCUCUUCUUCCGUUACCUCGCGAUUGGAUGUUAUGUUGGUGCUGCCACAGUGGGUGCUGCUGCUUGGUGGUUCAUUGCUGCUGAUGGUGGUCCAAGAGUUACCUUCUACCAGCUGAGCCAUUUUCUGCAGUGCAAAGAGGACAACCCGGACUUUUACGGUGUCGACUGUGUGGUCUUUGAGUCUCCGUAUCCGAUGACAAUGGCUCUUUCUGUCCUUGUCACCAUAGAGAUGUGCAAUGCCCUCAACAGUCUGUCAGAAAAUCAGUCCCUCAUGAGGAUGCCCCCGUGGGAGAAUAUCUGGCUGGUGGGUGCCAUUUGCUUGUCCAUGUCCCUCCACUUCCUCAUCCUCUACGUGGAGCCGCUGCCGAUUAUCUUCCAGAUCACGCCUUUAAACGUGACGCAAUGGCUGAUGGUCUUGAAAAUCUCACUACCUGUCAUUCUGCUGGAUGAAACACUUAAAUACGUGGCCCGUAACUACCUGGAACCUGGUAAAGAUAGUGUGCGGCCUGCCACCAAACCCUGUUCUUUGUCAGCAUGCACCGAAGGAGUUUCCUGGCCCUUUGUGUUCAUUACUCUGCCCUUGGUUAUCUGGCUUUACAGCACAGACACUAACUUUAGUGAUAUGUUCUGGUCUUGACUGACAUGGUGACCGUUUUACAUUCAAAGAAAAAGUUUAACUUAAUCAAUUUUUUUUAUUGUUUAGAGCAACUGUCUAUUUCUGCUGAAUUUUCACAUGAACAUAUUUGCCGGUGAUGGAGGUUUCAUAUUCUAGGUUUUGGUUUUUUUUUGCUUUUUCUUCAGUGGGGGCGAUGUAUUCCUCUUUUAUACACAGUUAAAGUGUCCAUUGACAUGUACAGAGAACUAACACUAUUUUAUGCAAAUAUUUUUUUGUAGAUGAAAAGCAUGUACAGUGUUCUGUUGAAUAGUUUAUUCAUCGUGUAAAAAAAAAAACAAACAAGGUUUUUUUUGAGCCAGCGGACACUAUCAAACUAAAUUGGCAGCAGAUUUUAGGGAAUGAAUGUGUGUCGUCUAAAACUAAAAAGAAAACAAAAGCAUGUAACUGUUUGUCUUCUGCAUGGUCAUCCAAACUUAAUUUGUCGUACGGUCAGAUUUUAUUUUCCUCAUAAGCCCAACUUUCUGCUCUGGGUAGAGAGUGCUGCUACCUUGGUCAGCAUUUCUUCUUGUUCCCCCUCCUCCUGCUCCCUUGCUCUUGGUUCUUGACUGUCCUUGUUUACACCGGUUUCUGUAUGAGGUGAUGCCUGAUCCUGCUCGUGCAGAAAAUGCCAUUCCAGGUGCAGCCUGCUGGGGUUCUUCCGUAUUCUCAACACACUUAGUUUUUUGGUUUUUUUUUAAAGAUUAUUUAUUUGUCUAUUGUAUUUUUAUUGUAACAGACCUUGUUUUGCCAGCGUUGCCCAUGAUGCAGGGAUAGGGAGGUCUACUUAAAUCAAAGCCGAGCCUUUUUAACCGACACAAUCCGUUUUAUUUCCAAAAGAGGGUUUCAGUUGAUUUUUUAAUACCUUAUUUACGUGUGUCAGAUUGUUUUUUUCCCCCCCCACCAUUUUUAGGAUCAAAAUUUGUAAUGAGACCUGGAAAAAUAACUCGCACUGCAUAGCUAGAAAUGGGAUUGACUACACUUAGGGCACUAAUGACACGUCGUGGACAUGGAGUUGCUCUGCUGGCCUGUUGUUAGCCUGACUUGAAGUAACAAGCUCGUGUGUGUUUUUUGUAAAAUCUGUAAAUAGCACAUGACCAAAUUGAACAUAUUGUAUAGAACUAUUUUUAUUUUGAUGUGGCACUAACCACCUUCAUUAUUACGGUAAAUGUUAAAGCAUGUUUUCAAAUUCAGUCCUGUAUCAGCAAUGUGUAAGUCAUUAACAGUCCUAACUGUGGUGUUUUUCUCCAAUGCCUUCCAACUUUCAUCGACUAAAGUGAGUAUUUCUCUUCCAUUUCACCAUGCCAGUGGUGACUUGCUGUAAAAUAGCGUAUGCUGUAUCCAUGUCGAAGAAUAAAUAGUAAUUCCUUCAUUCCCACGCUGUGUUUUGUCAAAUUCUGCUGUGCUACAUUAUUAUCACCACUUUAGACUCUUGCCUUAUGGUAUGAAGCUCCAGUUACUGAUUCUGAAGGUAAAGAGCUUGCUUUCAUUGUGGCCUAUUUUAGUUCUUAUUUUGUAGCACCAAAGAGCCUUAGUACCCCCGUGAUCUUACAGCUUUUGUUCUUAGGUUUGAGUUAAAAUUGGAUGCAUCUCUUACUGAAGACAGUGACGGCUGUCCAUAUGAAUUUUUAGUGUCCAGAACACUUGUGGUCAAGUGCUGGCUUAUCCUGAAGCUUCUUCCUGCUCUGAAAUGUGGGGAGCCUCUCAGAGCAGACCGGCCCUUCUCUCCCUGGUAGUCGCAGUGCUGUAUGUGCAGGUGCUGCUCUUUGCUAAAUCAGCUUGUUGCCAGAGCCUGGAAACGCUCUGAACCGCGGUCAUAAGGAAAGACAAAAGAACAGGCUCGGCUUACAGGAUAGGCUUUGAAAAUUGUACUGGGGUCACUACGCUUUUGUGGAGUAGCAGGUGCUGUGUUAUCUUGUGUUGGCUUGACUUUAAUAAUCCAAUUCAAACAGCUUUCUUAUUCCUCACAGAGGAAAAUGGCAGUUAAAAGCUAUGUUCUGCUGGUGCCAGCUGGAGUCCAGUGAGCACAGCUAAUCCUUUAGGUUUCGGUCUUCAAAUACACACGCUAACCCCAAAAUACACAGAACCUGUUUGAAAUCCCACCACACUGUGAAUACAUGCUGUUUGUAGAAACGCUGACUUCCUGAUGCUGAAGUGACUUGGGGAUGUGGACCUGAUGAUGUAACAGGUGUUCUACAGAACUGGAAGCACUGAGCUCCCUUGAAUGCUCUCUUUAGCGCAGCAGAAACCUCUCUUUGCCCAGCUGCAUGUUCUGUAUACCACAAGGCUGAUGGCCAGCACCGGUCAGGUGCUGUAUCAAUAUUGAAUGAGCAGUGUAAGGCUUGCCUGUUUCCUGAAACAGGAAACUGAUAGGUCGCAUCUAUUCUGGUCUCAAGGAACCCUAAAUCACAGGUGUGUUGUCGUUACUUGUUGGAAAGAACACGAGCAGUGCUCCCAGCACUGAGGCCGGACUCCUGCGGGCAGGGACAGUCUCUGGGGCUUUGAGCGCUGGUUCUGUGUCAGCCUCCAGAGCGCCAGCGUUGGUUGGCUUUUCUAAGCCAUGCACAUGGCAGUAGUUUUCAGUUCUUCUUGUCGUACAGUCUUUUUCCUGUCUGUGAUGCCAAGUAAUUCUGCUACCUAACUUCUCUUUCUUCUUGUCUCUAAGAAGCUGAAGGGGAAAAUGACUGCAGGUAAAUUAAAUUCAGUCCUUCAACAUCUUCUGCUGGAUCUCUGUCUGACACACUCAGCUGUGUGUGUCGAAGACAAGUCUUGCUGAGAGCUCUCUCACACCAGUUAACUCGGGGUAUCUCGCUUGCACGUAGAGCCUUCUGUUCCUUGGAGUUUGCCUUUGAGAGCUGGACAGCUGGUGUGUAAAUGUGGCAUUUAUCCCUCUGAUGGCACCUGCAGCCUCAGGAGCCUGGUUUUGUUGGAGUAUUCCUAGAUUGCUUGGGCUGUCUCAAUCUUCCUGGUUUUCCUUGCAUUUUUCCUAGUCUUGUUUAGAUUUCCUCGUGGAAAUGGAGCAGUAGGGUUCCCUAUGAUCAGCACUUAGUGCCAUUCAGUGGCAUUGUCACUCUGCUUUCAUUGUAAGACAGGUGCCAGGCUGACGUGGACUUAGCAUAGACUUAGUGGCCAGCAUCUUGAAGUUGAAGAUUGCUUAAUCUCCUUGUUCUGUAUUUCCUCUCCGGCCUCCUCACUGCACUGGGGGACAGAAACGGAUGGAACUUGUGUUUCGGUGUGUUAGCCCUGUGAACAUGCUAACAGAAGCACUUAAUUAGGUAGAAGUAAGCAAAGAUAUCUUGGUUUUAUCUCCCACUUUAUUUUUAGAAGGUCACUUCCUACCUUUUGUUUCCCUUCGCUCUCAUCUCACUGAGCUUCUUCAUCUCUGCAGUCUUUUGCAGCCUCAAUUCCUUAGUGCUCUUGCAUAUUGCUGCUUAUUUUCUGGUGGGUGGGGGGCAGAUUAGCAUCCAUUGUGACCAAUGGUGCCUUGCACGAGAAACACGAAGGCUGCCGGCCUAUGCUGGGGAAGCAGUGGGUUUUGCUGUGACUGCAGCUCCUCCUGAAUUCAGUGGGCUGGUCCAAAUCAGAGCCAAGAUGAUGGUCAGGCAGCUGCACUCACGUGUGUUGGCAGCGUGGAGAGAAAAGCUUUUACCUUCCCAGUGCCCCGGGCUCUUUCAGCUUUCAGAUGUGAGCAGUUCCAAGUCCCAGUGCUGAGCUCCGCAACGAGCUGUGCCUUUGUGUUGCCCAGGCACUGAAAUUAGUUCCUGUUUUUUCCCCCGAAGCAUUAUUGCAAAAAAAAAAAAUGAGUAUGAAAGAAGCUGCAGAAAAAUACAUAGCAGUCUGACAGUGCUGCGAAGCUCAUGGUUGUAGAGGGGCCGUUCUGGAGAAAGCUAAUGGUAAGAAAAUGAGUUUUUAAUCUGAUGAUAAAAUGCAGUACAGCAGUCCUCUGUCAGUGUUCCAAGAACACAGCUGAUGCACAGAACGUUUGUGGUAACUGCUUAAAGACGGUCGAAUUUGCUGAGGUGAAGGGAGGUAAAACUGCUCCAAAGCUGUCUGUCUCUUGCACCUGUCUUGUUGACCUCCUUGCACUUCUAACCAUUAACUGUUUCCCUAAUCUCUGCUAAUUACAUCCUUAAUUACAUUAAUUCCAUGCAUUCUCAAAUCCUAGCAAGAGAACCGAGAUUUUAGUGUCGAAGCAGUGUUCUGAAGAGCCACCAUUAAGUUGCAGGCAGGCAGUGUGCCCUUCUUGACACAAGGCCAGCCCGGUGCUGUGGGGUGAAGUGCAGCUGUAGCCGUGUUGUACUCUGCCCUUUGCCUCCACGUUAAUUAAUCUGCGCAGUUUAAUGACUUCUUGAAAGCUUUCCUACUGCUUCACGGAACAAGCUGCAGAACUUGAAGAAGGGACAUUGUUAGGUCGCUCCUUGGUCAAAUCUGCAAUAUAAUGUCUCAAUUAGGGGGGAAAAAAAAAACACCUUGGAGUUAUAUUUAAAUGGGGGGAAAAAAAGCUCCAGCGUGUUAUAUGAGAACCUGAAAGUAAAAAGGGAGUGAGACUCGAGGCAGAAAAGCGCAGCAGCUAUCCAAACACAGGGAACCUCCAUUUGCAGCCCUUGGUAGGGAGUGCUGCCCCGUGCUGCUGCUGAAGGCAGCUCUGCUGAGUCCAGGAGAGCUGAGACGUGCUGCAGAGCGCCCCGGCUCCCAGAACACAGGAACCUGAGAGUGUCCCUUCAGUGACGGAGCAGUUGGUCAUCAGACUUAACAUUCUUUCUUCUGUCACUGUUGAUCUUAGUCUUGCUCUUAGAAUGGUACUUAGCACUCAGCCUUUCAUUAACUGAUACCUUUUCUUUCUUUCCUUUUCAGCAAUACUGGAGUAAUCGCUUCCUAAACAAUUUUGCAGAAAUGUAAGGUUGUUUUGUUGCGUGCAUGUGUUUUUAGCAACACAUCUACCAAAACUGCUGCAUGUAUCAUGUGUAAAGAUUCUUUGCUUUCCCUCAAAACAAAACUCAUUGUGUUCUCUGUGGAAGAAAUGUGUGGUACCAUUAGGACUUCAGAUGUACAAACGUGCAAUAUAGCUUACAGAAUUGGAAACUCUCUCCAGAGAAGUUUGGGUUCUGUGCUGCAUGGAGAAGAGCUUGUUUAUCCCUGAACAAGAAGCGCUGAGCUGUCAGCCAACUUUCCAUAUUCCUGUAUGUAAAAUGUCAGUUUAUAAAAUGUACAAUAUCAAAAUAAUGCAUGCCUUGGGUUGUAGACAAAUCUGUAUCGUAUCAUCCGAACAUACUACUCUAUAACAGCUUAUGUACAAUGCUAUCCUAUUUAUAAAACUCAUGGACAAGACUCCAGCUGAAUGUUAAACUGUAAGCCUCCGGUUCAUAACUUUGGGUUUUUUAUCAUGUGUGCAAAUCGACCUGUUUUGCACUGCAACGUAACUUAUUUAAAUCUAAGGCGGUGAGACAGAUGUUGGUGCAAUACAAAAACAUCGUGAUGCCUUCAUCUAGGCAGCAGCAAACGACUCAGCCCGUUACAACUGCAUGUGUGACCUUUAGAAGCUGUAAAUAAGAUCAGUUGUCUGCUUCCAUGCUGGCAGUACGAAGCAUCACGCCUAGUUUCAUUUGUAUCGGGUAAAUAAAUUUAUUCUACAAUA